GAAUUAUUCGUCUCCACUACGAGAAAUCUACUUUUUCUGUUGAAAAGACACAACGAGAAAUCUUCUCCUCCCCUGCUCCAGCUCGCACCAGGCAGCGCCACCAGCUGUGCGCGAUCCCAACUGAUCGCGCCAUGGUAACGGCGGUGGCAGCCGUGCUGGAGCCUCCGUCACGGUCGCCGCUGCGGCGGCGGCACCGGCUAGCGAACGGGGCGGGUGCUACCACCGGCGACUUCGAGCUCCGGCACUGGCGCCCGGCCAAGAAGAGUAGCUCGUCCGGGAUGAAGGGGCGGUGGGUGCCGCCGGAGAUCGAGAUCCCCAGCGGCGAGGAGGGGGGAUACACCAGCCUCCGCGACAUCAUCUCGUCGCCCGAGUACGCCGCGGCCAAGCAGGCUCACUCCCCCGCGGACGGGGCCGGAGGCGGCGGGGACGUGCACAUGAUACGCCACCCGCUCGUGAAGCACGCGGCGUACGCGUACCUGCAGCUCACGCCAUCCGCGCGGGAGGACCCCGGCAGGUUGCGCCGGCGGAGGCGCGGCCCCCUCUGCCGCCUUGUCCUCGGCUGUCUCGGCUUUGUCGGGGCGUUCUUCACGCGGUGACCUCGGCGUGAGCCUUACGGUUCUUGGUCAACUUUUUUUUGCCUCUCUUGCUUGUCUUUUCCAGUCCUUUUUCUCGCUCUUUUCUCCGUGUCCGUGUAUUUAGAACAGAAGAAGCAAUCGACUUGUUCGAGUUUUGAUCAUGGUUGCAAUUCAUGUAAAUAUUUUGGUAGGAUUAUAAGAACAAAAGAUGAUUAUCUCCAA